GCUAGUCUUCACCGAUCAUAGCACGAACGGUUUGUUAACGCGAACUAUAACAAGUAUAACAUUAGCAGAAACAUCAAUCAAAACAUCAUCAAAAUGAACAGAAAACUGAUCUUGUGUUUUGCGGCAGUCAUCGUUGGACAGGUUAGAAUUUAACCAUAAUAUUGUUAAGGAUUUAAAAUAAUUACGAAAUUAACGGAUUUAAGCAAUCGAUCUUUUAGUUUAUAAAAUUAUAUUUUAAAUUUCCUAAAACUACCAGCAAUACUCACUUCUGUAAAAACGUAAAUGAAUUUGAAUUAUCAUAGGUUGUGGAUGUUCAAUUUUUUGUACGUGUUCGGCGGUACAUUUUUAUUAAUAUUGCAAUAUUUCCUAUACGGAGAGCACGCAGUUAGAAUUUCCAUAUAAUAUUUUAAAUAUUUUAUAUUCACGAGUGUAUAGAAAGUUACGAGUUAAAAUAAUUUUUACGGAUGUUAUCGAAUAACGUUUUAGGCCAUGGCCAAUUCCGUGUUUGAUGGCGAUGAACUUAGGAAGGUGAGUGAUCAAUUCGGGCAAUCCAGUCUGGCUAUCGUUAACCACUUGAAUGAAUUAUUCGGGAUCCCAAUCAGCGCCACAGAAAACCAAAAAACCUACGAAAAGGUCCGCAGUUACGUAAUCAAAAGCCAAUCGGAGGUAAGAACGAAUAAAUUAAGUAAAUUGUUUGCACUAUACGUACUUAACCAAGUUUUUCACGUCUAAUUACUGUACUUCUAAUACCUGUAGUUGGAAACCGAAAUCACAAAAUUGAAGGACCUGGUCAACAAACACGUGGACCCGAAAAUCAGCGAGAAAAUCAACGAGCUAGAAAAGGAAAUCAAAAAACAAACCACCGACGCCAAAGCUUUGUUCGAAGAAAAAGUCGGCAAACCGAUCACUGACAAGUACAAGGACGAUUUGAAGAAACUCACCGAUUCGGUUAUCAAGACCACCAAAGAAGUCGAAGUAAGUUAAAAUGAGUUGUUUGCUGAAAUGUUCAUUACAAAUUCUACAGGUACUUAAACAUGUCCAAUUAAAUGUUUCAGACCACUGUGACUAAGGCCAUCGACGGCGUAAAGACUACUAAAUAGUGAACUGCAUUAUAAUUAUCAUGUGGCUGCUAAUCCAUAAUAUAUUAAUUAUUGUAUUUAAAUUUUUUUUUACAUUAUAAAAUCCAUUUUUAUACUUU